AUGCAUUUUUCGGAAUGUUCCAGCAAUCCGUGUCAAAAUGGUGCAACAUGCAUUGGUACCGUUGGGUUUUAUCAAUGCUCUUGCGCUGCUGGCUACACGGGAGUACACUGUGAAUUAACAGGUGAUAGUAGUUGUAGUGAAAAUUAUAAUCUCAUGGCUGGAGGAACAAUCAACCUCUACACACCAGGAUAUGGCAGUGAAUACCCAAACAACGUAUUCUGUAAAUGGGUCAUCGAUACCCCUGAGGGAGUACAGAUGCGCCUCAUGUUCUUGACAUUUAACAUAGAGCGCAACUAUGACUUCCUAAGUGCUGGAGAUGGUAACAACCCUGUCAAUGAUUCUACCAGGGUUAUCCAUGCAUCUGGAGCUGAGAUUCCAGAGAACUUUAUCUCUGAUGGGAAUGUGAUCUGGAUAACAUUUAUGUCCGAUAAUGAAAGAGUGGCACAAGGUGUUGCGAUGGAAGUUAUUGAUGAGGCACUUGCAGUUGGGUGUGUUGGAAGGCCAUGCCUUCAUGGAUCAACCUGCACUGAAACCAAUAAUGAGGCUGGUUACGUGUGUAGCUGCGUGGCAGGUAGAACUGGCAGUAACUGUGAAAACAGAACGGAUUCCAUGACUUAUGUCUGUGAAAACUAUGUGUGUGAUAAUGGUGGAACAUGCUUUGAGAUGGAUAACACAGCAGCUUGCCAAUGCCCAGAUGGUUAUGCUGGUUUAUUUUGUGAAAUAGAAGUGCAGCCAUGUGAUCCAAAUCCUUGCUCUAAUGGUGGAACUUGCAUUGAAGGUCUAGAUGGUAGUUCUUUUACCUGCAGCUGUUCAGUUGGAUGGAGUGGAUCAACAUGUGGCAAUGAUGUGAACGUAUGUGAGACCCAGCCAUGCUUGAAUGGUGCAACAUGUGUAGAUUCUGUUGGAAGUUAUUUUUUCUGCUCUUGUAUGCAAGGAUUUUCUGGAGUUCGUUGCGAAAUAGAUAACAGCACUGCUGAGCAGGGCAUUAGUGUCCAGGCACUGCUGAGCAGGGCAUUAGUGUGA